UGACAGCCCGCUAGGGUAUAGCCGACACCGCGAGAGUUCAAUGGUCGCACCAAACGCCGCUCCUAUUAAAGCAUCUUCGCCGUCUAGGGUUUGUGCUUCUUGGCGGAGUCAGUAGCUCGUAGUCGGCAGAAGAUAUGGCGGUUCCUUUGCUUGCGAAGAAGAUCGUGAAGAAGCGCGUCAAGAAAUUCAAGAGGCCCCAAAGUGACCGCAAGAUCUGCGUGAAGACAAAUUGGCGGAGACCAAAGGGUAUUGACUCUCGUGUGAGAAGAAAGUUUAAAGGAUGCACGCUGAUGCCAAAUAUCGGGUAUGGUUCCGAUAAGAAAACACGCCACUUUUUGCCGAACCGAUUCAAGAAAUUUGUGGUUCACAAUGUCGCCGAUCUGGAGUUGCUGAUGAUGCACAACAGGACUUACUGUGCUGAAAUUGCUCACGAUGUCUCUACGAGGAAGCGCAAGUUGAUUGUCGAGCGAGCUGCACAACUCGACAUCGUUGUCACCAACAAGCUUGCUAGGUUGCGCACCCAAGAAGAUGAGUGAUCCGGUAGUCACUGCUGUAGCGAUAUCCUGGCCUUAAAGUUGCUUUCAUUUAUCUUCACUAAGUUUAUGAAGACUGAAGUUUAAUCUUGGAAUUUUGAUGCAUGUGUUUGUGCUAUUUAAAUGCCUAUAAUUUCAAUGAAUUUUGAUCAAAA